CUUUUUUUUUCUUUUUUUUUUCCUUUUUCAUUUUAUUUUUAUUUUUAAAUUUUUGGAACCGAUCAUUUCUCACCACCACCCCCCUCCUCCUCCCUCCGGUUACAAACCAACCCAACCCAACCUCGCCGAAGCUCUUUCCCCACCCCGACUCUGCACAGUCGUCCCCCCCUCCCGUCGCCAGCCUCGCUGAGGAGGAGGAGGAGGAAGAGCAGCGAGCGCGGAAGAUGGAGGUCUCCACGGACCAACCGCGGUGGGUGAGCCACCACCACCCGGCCGUGCUCAAUGGGCAGCACCCGGACUCCCACCACCCCACUCUUGGCCAUACCUACAUGGACCCCACGCAGUAUCCUCUCGCCGAGGAAGUGGAUGUACUUUUUAAUAUCGACGGACAAGGCAAUCCCGUGCCUCCGUAUUACGGCAACUCCGUGCGAGCCACCGUGCAGCGGUAUCCGACGGCCCAUCACGGCAGCCAGGUGUGCCGGCCCCCUCUGUUGCACGGCUCGCUGCCGUGGCUGGACGGGAGCAAAGCGCUGAGCAGCCACCACAGCGCUUCCCCUUGGAACCUCAGCCCUUUUUCCAAGACCUCCAUCCAUCACAGCUCGCCGGGACCCCUCUCCGUUUACCCGCCUGCUUCUUCCUCCACUUUAUCCGCCGGUCACUCCAGCCCGCAUCUUUUCACUUUCCCACCGACCCCUCCUAAAGAUGUGUCCCCGGAUCCGUCCAUCUCCACUCCUGGCUCCACCGGCUCAACCCGGCAGGAUGAGAAGGAAUGCAUCAAAUAUCAGGUGUCCCUGGCUGACACCAUGAAGCUGGAGUCGUCUCACUCUCGGAGCAGCAUGGCCUCGUUAGGAGGAGCCACCUCCUCUGCUCAUCACCCCAUCACUACUUACCCACCAUAUGUCCCCGAAUAUAGCUCUGGACUUUUUCCCCCCAGCAGCCUCUUAGGAGGAUCGCCUACCGGGUUCGGGUGCAAAUCACGACCGAAAGCACGGUCGAGCACAGAAGGCAGGGAGUGUGUAAAUUGUGGGGCUACCUCAACCCCUCUGUGGAGAAGAGACGGCACCGGGCACUACUUGUGUAACGCCUGUGGACUCUAUCACAAAAUGAACGGGCAGAACCGACCCCUGAUCAAACCCAAGAGAAGGCUGUCUGCAGCCAGGAGGGCGGGCACGUCCUGUGCUAACUGUCAGACCACCACCACCACCCUGUGGAGGAGAAAUGCCAACGGUGAUCCUGUCUGUAAUGCCUGUGGGCUCUACUACAAGCUGCACAAUAUUAACAGACCCCUGACUAUGAAGAAAGAAGGAAUUCAGACCAGAAACCGAAAAAUGUCUAGCAAAUCCAAAAAGUGCAAAAAGGUCCAUGACAACCUCGAAGACUUUCCCAAGAGCAGCUCCUUUAACCCCGCCGCCCUCUCCAGACACAUGUCCUCUAUCAGCCACAUUUCACCCUUCAGUCACUCCAGCCACAUGCUGACUACACCGACACCGAUGCAUCCUCCAUCCAGCCUCUCCUUUGGACCUCACCAUCCCUCCAGCAUGGUCACUGCCAUGGGUUAGUGAGAGACUCCCCUGCUGAAUGCUUACGGUCUCAAAAUGAGAUUUACUUUAUAUACUUGCAUUUUUGCAGGCGCGUGCUUAUGGGUCUGAUGUCCCAAAUCAAAUGGGAGGGGGAAAAAAGAAAAAAAAAAAAAAAGAAUAAAAAGAAUAAAAAUAAAUAUGUU